AUGGCCAGCGAUGGCUACUGGUCAUCCUUGGCAUUCGAUCUCAAGGCACCAUCCCACGCGAGCGGUCUCCGGAGGUGGACAACGUGCGGACGUAAGCUGCAGCUGGGCCAAGCGGAGGCCAAGUGGAAGAUAUCGCGAGUGAGAAAGAUACCUGCCCUGACGCCGCACAUUUCGGCGGAGCGGCGGUUACUUGGAAAAUGGAACACCAAGGGCACUUUAACCUGCGGAGAAGGGCCAGGGAGAGGAGCAGGAACCCAGGCCUUUGUAAAGAAGAAGGACGCACCCAACCCAGUGCUCAUUCAUAAAUUCGACGCCAAGAGCCCACUCUAAGCCAAGCCUUAGUCCGACCCACCCUUGUCUUAGUCAUGUACUCCGGCAUGGACCGCUCGGAUUGGCAGCAGCCAGCCUACCCAGAGCGAGCCUCGCCCCCGCCGCAAUCCCAGCCGGGAUGGUUUCCGCUGCAAGACACGCAACAGCGGCAACAGUCCCCCGUGGCACAACAUUCUUCAAGUGGCUGGCUACAGGAGGCUUCCACCAGUCCCAGCCAUGGCAACCGCGUCUACGUUUCUUCGCCAAUAUAUUCUUCAACAGCGUCUCCCUACGUGUGGACAGGUGAGCCACACUCGCAGCCGCCACCAGCUCGGGCCGCUCAGUUACUGCCGUCUCCAACCUACCCACGGCCUCUCAUGCUAUCCGACUCGGAACUGUCUCAAGACCAAAAGACGGUUCUUCGCCGCAACAAGCAGAUCGCCAUCGGACGCUGGAACAGCGAGGAGCACCAGUGGUUCCUCAAGGGCCUCGAGAUGUUCCAGGGUCCUGCGUGGGGCGAGAUUGCCCGCCUCAUCGGCACCCGCACAUCAACCCAAGUGCGAACCCACGCUCAAAAGUUCUUCACCAAACUGGCCAGACUCAACCAGACUAUGCCCUACUUCGAGGUGCAGAUCCAGAAGGAACGAGCUCGACUUGUAGCCCAAGGCGCCAGUGUCACCCCCACCGCACAAAGCGCUUCACUAACCGCUACGCUUUCGCCUCGCAAGCGGCUGGCGUCGACCAGCAACAGUCCCAGACAGUCACUCAAGCGGUACAAGGAGGAGGUAGCGUCGUCGCCGACGUACACAGCUUCCGUCCAAGCCAGAUACCCACAAGAAGCCUACGACGCAAAGGCCAGAGUGUACACUGGUGGGUACUCGUCCGCUGCGUCCGGAUCACAGCAGUGGACAUCGGAUGACACCAGACAAUGGUCAGUGGCCUCCCCAACGUCCACAGCUGCGUCGUUGCAGCUGACUCAAAUGCAAAUGGCGGACGUCGGACAACAAACUACUAAUAGCCCUACUGCUGCGUGCGACGCCGAGUCGCUGCCAUCCAUGAACAAAUUGCUGCACCGCAGCAACACUGCUGCCUCAAGUUGAAGUAAACGUCGUCAUCGUCCGUAGCGUCCCGAGUGAGUGGAGAUGUAUACUACCUAUCACCUGCCUAUCAUACCUCUAAGCCCACGACAAAAUGGUUGAAUCAAUCCAUUCCAGAGCAAUUUCUGUAAAAACUCUAAAACUAAAUCUAAAAGUGUAGCCAUAUCACUUCAAG